ACAGGUUUUACUUUGUUGAAUAAAAAAUCAAUUUGGUCUGGAAAAAUAUUUUAGGUAUUUAAUCUACCAUUCUCUGCAAUGUGACAACAGGAAUUUGUUGCCACAGCUCCUGUAUGGUUUGAAAAUGUUCUUGUCUGCUCAAUAGGUAGGAUUUAGGUAGGAGGACUGAGAUGGCCAUUCAAGCACAGUUAAAUUUUUCAUUAAGAAACACUCUUUAACAACUUUAGACCUGUGUUAGGGAUCGUUGUCUUGUUGAAAUAUCCAACCAAGUGGCAUCUCUUCCUCGGCAAAUUUGGUCCGGCAAGAGGCACAGCGAUAUAAUGUUACGGAAAUGACGUAACUGUUGAGGGCCAGAAACAGGAGUUGUGCACGCGAUGCAUUAAUAUUAAGUGUCCGAUGGCUCGUUCACUUAACCGUACUUCAUUAUUUAUUGCCUCAAGUCCCACCAGAUGAGUGAAUUUUUUUAGUGCAGACCUCAACACAUAAUUCUUGCUUGUUGUUGCUCAAAUGAGCUUUAAAACAAGAAGUUUCCAGUUCAAAAAGCAUAUUAUGCAUAAGUACAUAAUCACGACCAGAUUACAAUAAAGAUUAGCCAAGUUAUCAGUUGAAAUAUGGGUCAUUAGAGCCCAUGUUCGGCGUUUAAAAAUAAGAGAGUGAGCUAUUAUCCUUGGAUAGGACGAAUUUCCAGUGUCAGAUGGUAGUAAUGGCAUCUUCGAAGCUCAGGAAGGCAUGAACGCCAUUUGAGAACAUAAUGGGACGCUGCCAACUUUGAUCAGGGACCGUGCACAAUUAGAAAUAGACCCGGCAACAUUGGCACGCUCGAUCGCAUCCAGUGUUUCUAACGACAAUUAAACCGGUUAAUAUUCUAUAUGUAAUAGGAUAAUGAUUCAAGGGGUGGUUACAGUCUUGGGGAGACUUUUUUGACCUGUAAUUAAUCUGUAUAAACGUAUGCAACCUAUAAGUUAAUCCAAAAUUAACUAAAUUUAGAAAAUAAGAAGUGACUACAGGUAAUGUAUGCAUUGAAGUUAUACCUGACAACAUAUAUAAAAAGUUAUGCAUUGAUUCAAGUUGUAUCAAUCAAUCCAGACAUCGAUAGCUAAUUGAAUUGAAGACAAAAUGGUUUCUUCAAUAAUCCCAGCUUUCGACAAAGCCAGUUACAGUGAUUCUUCUGAAAACACUUCGGAGUCCAGUGUUAAAUCAACAAAGAGAAGAACCACCUCGAAUAAAAAGAAGGGAAAAACAUGUCGCAACUGCUUGGAGACAUUUACUAAUAUAGAAGACUUUUGGCAACACUCCAGGAUCCACAUAAGAGAAGAUAAAUUAAUAGCUUGUCCAGUAUGUCCCUUUGUAACGGAAUACAAGCAUCAUUAUACCUACCACAUGGGCCACCACACCGGAAACAAGCCAUUUAAAUGCGACCAAUGCACAUACGAAUGUAUCAGCAAGUCCAUGUUGAUUUCCCAUCAGAAAUCCCAUUCCGACUUGUGCCAAUAUCGAUGUGCUGAUUGCGACUACAAAGGGAAAUUUGCACGCCUGCUCAAGAUUCAUGCCAGAAGAACCGGCCACACUCCCGGACAAGUUUUGAAACCCGAUGGUACCCCGGAUGAAACCAAAGUCGUUGAGGUUUACGGGAGGAAGCGCCUUCGUAAGAGCAGUGUGGGGAAAAGUCAUGAAGUUAAAACUGAAAUUGAACCUUAUGUUCCACCACCUAAGGCUAAAUGCUUAGAUGAUUCGAUUGAUGAUUUGCCAGAUCCUUUCGUGUGUGAUUUUUGUUGCUUGGAAUUGUAUGUGGAUUACGAUAAGCACAUGGCUUACCACAACAAAGAUGAUCCGAUGUCUUGUAAUGAAUGUGGUGUACGUUAUUUGUAUGGAUUGGAAUUUUUUAUUCAUCUUGAACUUAAACAUAAAAAAUAA